AUGCGAGCUGACUCUUCACCUGUGACUCGUCCACCGGUGAACGGAUUGGACUUAUUGAGCAAUGGGGACACAACUGACUCCACUCGACCGACCAGUGCAACUGAUUCUCACGGCUAUCGCGCCCCGUCAACAACACAAUCUAUGGUCAGCGUGUCUCUUGAGGAACGGCUAAAACGCAUGCGCGCUGCUGAAGAACUAAAACAACAACAGCGUUAUGCCGCCUUCAUUGAAUCUCAGCGUCAAGCGGACUUGGUUCGUAUGAGAGCGCAAGAGGAACGCAAACGAAAGAUUGAAGAAAUGAAACAACGUGAAGAAGCACGACGAGCCUUAGUGCUUGAAAGACGCAAAGAAUUGGAGCUAUCAAACAAGGCACGAAUUGAAGGAAUACGUGAACGUUCGCGUGCCCGAGAUGGUUCCGUUCAGAAUCCUCGCCGUCGGGUCACGGAGCCGAACAUGGCGUUUGGGCGCACCGCCAGCGCAUCUCCAUCAUUGGGUUCUGCGCGCAAUCCCAACCAGUUGAUGACCACGUCAUGUGUGGUGGCCUUUGGAAGCAGUGCCCCACGUUCUAUAUGUACGCAACCCAGUCCAGCUGCUUUACGUUUACAACAGGCUUUUGAAGCUCGACUAGCUAGUUACCUAACCGGACGACAUAGUGGGUGUUUCCUCACCAGUUCUGCCUUGCCCCACUACAUGCGUUUGAUAGAUCAUAACGAACAUGUGUCACAAACGGCUUCGGCUAUCACUUUUUUGGCUAACCGACAGACUCGUGCUAAACAGAAUGGUUCAAUUGCUAAAUUACGACGAGCCAUCUCGGCCCAUGCACCACUUACGCGUCCUACUAAAGCUUCCUUGGCUCGAUCGCAUCGAGCAACAACAACCCAGAAAAAAUCCGAGACGAUGGGGACUAGUACCCGUAUCGACUCUCAUGAUUCCUCGACAGACUCUGGUAAACCAGUUGUCCGAGGCCAGUUGGGUGCCCCAAACAUUGUGGAGCCUCCGAGAUCAGACGAAGUACCCGGUCGUUCAAACUCUUCUCAGGAUUGUCACAAGUUGGGUCGUCCUCCCCGUGUUCCAAGUGGCUCAGCAUCGCACUCCGAUAUAAAGCCAAUGAGACCAACAUCAUCCAGUUCCAGCAACAGCUCGGCUAUCGGCUCGGUGCGUUCCAUUUCUGUCGAUACCCUUUCCCGACGACCAGAGUCGACGAGUGGUGUAUUUGAUCGCUUAGCUCGGGACAUCAAGAGCCGCGAGAAGGCCACAAAACCCAUAGAAUCUACAACCGAGACUAAGGCGCGACCGACAUCCACUCAGUUUAAGGCACCAACCGCCCCUCGUUCCACAUCCAAUCGACGCCCUGCAGCUGCAGCUUCAGCAAGCAAACCCAUACCCAAAGGUAUGUCUGUGUCGGUGUACACAGAACGAACUGACCGUAAACGACCAGAGACCAAAACAUCUACAAUGCGCAAACGUUCCGCGUCUCCUCCGUGCCCUCCGACAAAGGCUGUUCCCGCUAAAACUAAACCAGUACCACCCGUGGUCGAGCCACCAAAACCUGUCGAGGAGCCGACUGUCGUAGAUGAUUUGUCUGCUCCGGAAGCUACAUUAGAUGAAGUACCUGAACAGAAAGCGAAAACACCAAGCCCUAUCCCUCCUCCGGAACCAUCUGAAUCAAAGGUCAGUCCUCCGAAACCGGAACCCGUUGCACCGAUUCCACCGGUGACGACUGCUCCGCUUGCGCAUACCGGUCCUAUCAAAGCCGAGACCCAAGGAUCUGGUGAGGGUGCUGUGCUCAAUGAAAGUGAAGCAGCAAUUUACCGUGCCAAGUUAGUCGAACAACGUCGCUUAGCCAAAGAACGAAAGGAAGAGGAGCAACGGCGACUAGAGGAAGAAAAUCGCCAACGUCGUAUGCAACAGGAGGCCGCGCGGUUGGCUGCAGAACAAACUGCUCGUGAGCAGGCUGAAAUUGCUGCUCGCGAGGCAGAGGAACAGCAGCGUCAACGUGAAGAAGAGGAGCGCGCAAAGUUGGAGGCCGCAGAAGCUGAACGAUUGGCCAAGCUUCAACGAGCGGAAGAGGAGCGGAUUAUGCGCAAAAAGAAACUGGAUAGCAUUAUGUCUCGCGUGAAACAAACUCAGAGUGUUACGGCUGCCUCAUCUCCUGCACUUCAAGCUCAAGAUGAAUCAUGCGCACCUCCUGUCCGUUCGGACGUCUCGGAUUCCAAACUCUUUGAACACAAUCCGGUCCAGAUACCCACUGACGAUAAAGAGCCUGUGAACUCUACGGAUACCCUAGCCAUGGACUCUUCAUCAGUCGCAGAAUCCAUAACUAAAACGACCUUUGAUGGAUUGUUGGAAGCACAACAUGUCGAAGAGGUCAUGGUAACCGAAGUUCUUCCUGAGCGCAACUCAACCGGUGAUAAAGCAUCUCCCACGGCAGAUGCACCCCAAGUUUCCCCGCGUGGUUCCACUAGCCCCAGUCACGAAACACUGAACGGCAAUCAAGGCGCUCCGUGGAACGCCAGUGGGCUUUCAUCCGGUCCUGGGUCUCCAGGGCACAACCGGAUAACUUCACCAGUUAAUCGUUCUCCGUCUCAAGGUGAUAUUCACACAGGAUUGUUCGCCUCAGAACAUCUGACCGGUGCUAAUACACUGAAUGGCUCAAGUACGGUGUCUGCAGGUGCCCCGCGAUUUAAAUCUGCUUUGCUUCAGUCGAUGCUAGGCGGAGGUCGUCUUUCAACUCGUGCAAGGGAUGCGGUUGCCGGUCUUCGACGAGGUUCCGCAAACCAGUUAAACGAUACUCAGUCCCUACACAGUCGUGAUGGCAGUGGUACUCGCUCACCGGUGUACUGGCCACAAGAUGCCGGUACACUAGAUCCAAGCGGUGGAAAUGAUUUCAUGGCCUCACGAUUACAGACAGGAUCUCGCGAAUCUCUCAAAUAUGGCUCCGGAUUCGGCGCGGCUUCAAUGGUGCGAUCAAUGUUCGAUGGAUCAGCUGACCGAUAUCAUAUCAAUGGUUCCAAUGUUCCUAGCGGGCCGUCGGGAGAUGUGUUGGACUUGAAUUCCACGGAAUCAAAACUGCUUACCACUGAUGCCGUUAAACCCAAUGGCGCUUCCAUGUUCGCAUGGCAAACGCCUUCGGAUUGUGAUCUAACUGCUCCGGGAUCAGUUAGUCCUCGUCCAGGUACGUAUCUCUCACUCUCUCUCUCUCGGUUUUUUCUUUUCACAAAUUAUUGUGGGUUCAACAGCUCUAAAUUUAAAUCGCGUGUGCAUACGGACCGAAAACCACACGAGGCUCACUAG